AUGGCUGCUCCCGCUCAGAAGUUCAAGGUUGCUGACAUUUCCCUGGCCGCCUUUGGUCGCCGGGAGAUUGAGCUCUCCGAGGUUGAGAUGCCCGGUCUCAUGGCCAUCCGUGAGAAGUACGGUGCCGACCAACCCCUCAAGGGUGCUCGCAUUGCUGGAUGUCUGCAUAUGACCAUCCAGACUGCUGUCCUCAUCGAGACCCUCACCGCUCUCGGUGCUGAGGUUACCUGGACUUCCUGCAACAUUUUCUCCACCCAGGACCACGCCGCCGCUGCCAUCGCUGCUGCCGGUGUUCCUGUCUUCGCCUGGAAGGGUGAGACCGAGGAGGAGUACCAGUGGUGCCUCGAGCAGCAGCUGUUCGCCUUCAAGGACGACAAGAAGCUCAACCUCAUCCUCGACGACGGUGGUGACCUGACCUCCCUUGUCCACACCAAGUACCCCGAGAUGCUCGAUGACUGCUUCGGUGUCUCUGAGGAGACCACCACUGGUGUCCACCACCUGUACAAGAUGCUCAAGGAGGGCAAGCUGAAGGUCCCUGCCAUCAACGUCAACGACUGUGUUACCAAGUCCAAGUUCGACAACCUGUACGGUUGCCGUGAGUCUCUCAUCGACGGUAUCAAGCGUGCCACCGAUGUGAUGAUCGCUGGUAAGGUCGCCGUUGUUGCCGGUUACGGUGAUGUCGGCAAGGGUUGCGCCCAGGCCCUCCACUCUAUGGGUGCUCGCGUCCUCGUUACCGAGGUUGAUCCCAUCAACGCCCUCCAGGCUGCCGUCCAGGGUUAUCAGGUCACCACCAUGGAGGAGGCUGCUCCCAUUGGUCAGAUCUUCGUCACCACCACUGGCUGCCGUGACAUCCUUGUUGGCCGUCACUUCGAGGCCAUGCGCAACGACGCCAUUGUCUGCAACAUUGGUCACUUCGACAUUGAGAUCGACGUUGCUUGGCUCAAGGCCAACGCUCAGUCUGUCCAGAACAUCAAGCCCCAGGUUGACCGUUACCUCCUGAACGGCAAGCACAUCAUCCUGCUCGCUGAGGGCCGUCUGGUCAACCUUGGCUGUGCCACUGGUCACUCUUCUUUCGUCAUGUCCUGCUCCUUCUCCAACCAGGUCCUUGCGCAGAUCGCUCUCUUCAAGGCCGAGGACGUUGCUUUCGGCAACAAGUACGUUGAGUUCGAGUCCGCUGGCAAGAAGCCCGUCGGCGUCUACGUCCUGCCCAAGCAGCUUGACGAGCAGGUCGCUCGCUGCCACUUGGAGCACGUCAACGCCAAGUUGACCGAGCUCACCCCCGUCCAGGCCGAAUACCUCAGCCUCGACGUCAACGGCCCCUUCAAGAGCGAGAUCUACCGUUACUAA